CUCUUCUUCUCCUUCUCACCCGCUGCAGCCCCAAAAGAAACCCAGCCACCGACAGCCCUCCUCUUGAGAAAGUCGGCAAAGCUUGAUGGAUUUACCUUCUUUUCUUAUUGAAAGCCGAACUUAGGAACCCAGAAACCUUUCCCCCCUCUGCAGAAUUUCCAGAUCUGCUCGGUUUCUCCCCUCCCCUGUCCGUGAGCUGCAGCUGGUGGGUGUGAUUUCUGGGUAUUUUUCGAUUUUGGUUGCCCGUGAGUCCCCUGCAGAAAUUGCCGUCGGCUUCUUCUCCCCUGCCAGGUCCGGUUUUGCUGGCUGGAAAAUUCUGGAAGCAAAACCGAGGACGGGAAAACCACGGGAAGUGAUGAGUUAGAAGGCUAGCCAUUUCGAGAUUGAUAUAGAUUUUAGAUAUAAAUCAUGAUCUUGUAAACUAGAGUGUAUUUGGAAAUUUUAUGAUAUCAGAGUAAAUUUUAAAGAUUUUAUCUUCAAAUUUUGGUGGUAUCAGAUUGUGGUAUGAUAAGUUCUGAGCCUUGUGCAUUUGUGGGACUCUUUCACGAGUGUACGGCGUCUGCCAUGCCUCGGAUUUGGGUUCUGGGACGUGACAUUAUCGUUGACCUAGUUAAGUCUAAAGACAUGACUGAAUAGAACAAUAAUUGAUUAAGAAAAAGGAAAUUAUUGU